AUGAAAAUCCUCGUGGUAUGCCUGGUGCUGGCCAUCUUUGGGACACAAUCUCAUGGAUACGAGGUUUAUAACAUCAUCAGCCCAAACAAUAAUGGCGGCAAUCUUCAGGAGACAGUGACAGUUGACAAUGAAAAAAAUUUCGCCAUCAUUAACAUCCAUGCAGGAUCAUGCUCCUCUACCACGGUUUUUGACUAUAAACAUGGCUACAUCGCAUCCAGGGUGCUCUCCCGAAGAGCCUGCUACAUCCUGGACAUGAAACAUAAAGCCAUCCCUGCUCUGGACCAACUAAAACGAUACAUCUAUGAGAGGAAGGCUCUGAAAAACAUGUACUCGGACAAAUACAUCUGGGUCAAGUACAGCCCACUGCAGUCUCUGAUCACUCACGUAGACUGGUUCCUGUUCGGCUCCCCCAUCAAGCAGCUCUGCAGUCAUGUCCCCCUGUAUAAGGGAGAAGUGGUGGAGAAGACACAUGACAUCCGUGCGGAAGCCUGCGCAAAGACCGGAGUCCUGGGUAUCCUUGGAAUCUCCAUCUGCGCGGGCACUGACGCUUAG